AUGACGAAACGUUCAAUGCAAUUCGAGUCUCCAGAGCGUGCAGCUAAGCGGCCAUCGCCCGAAACGUGGUCGGUGCCCGCUCGGAUGGUACAGAGCGCUCCUGCUAUUCCAACUUCCAAGUUGAUCCUGUUUGCCGGUCAAACCGAGCCCGCGCGCCAUCAAAACCCGGUCCGUGCAGCCAAAAAAGCUAUGAUCAUCCAAGCAGCUUCCAUGAAGUUGUACGCCGCAGAAGAUGUCGUUGCGAACGAGCGCGGCAUUGAAUUCUUUCGAGAAAUGAAGGAGACGAAGAAGGAGUUGAGGGAGAUGAGGGAGAUGAUGGAGUCCCAAAAGAACUUCAACAAGCGCGUGGAGGAGGAUAUCAUACGUCUUCAGAAACGCUUCCUCCAGGAAAGACGAAGGAUCAUUUCGACCUUCGUCCGGGACUCCAAGUUCCCGCAAAAUCAAGUUGAAAGAAGAAUGGUUCUCAACGCCCCCGAGAACAAGGAGCUGAAGGCCAGCAUGGAGCUGAUCAGAGAGCUCAAUCAAAAGACUCAUGGGGGUAAUAUACAUGAGGAUGCUAGGAUGGCUCUCGCAUUUUUCGAGCCGAGCAAUGAGGAGUAUAAGGCUAUCGAAACACUGUACCAGAUGACACCACAGGAGAUCACUCUUCUUGGUAAGCAUGAAGAUCCUUUUAAGGGCUUAUGCCAAAACCCUCCGCUAACUCGGAAUGGAUAG